AGUCGGAGGGAAAGAAGAUGCAUUAUGGAUUACCUGGCUAAGCCUGGGGUUUUUGGCCUAAUUGCCGGUGUCACCUGUGGAGUAUGCUUGGGCUGGAGCAUACGAGCUCGGCUCUUCCGGCCAGCCAAAUCCAGAUUGACUAUGAUGGCCAACGAGCUGGGCAACGAAGCCAAUAUCAUGGGCGAGUACGGAGAAUUCAAGAUGGUGAUCGUAGUCAGGAAUGACCUGAAGAUGGGCAAGGGCAAAGUGGCUGCCCAGUGUGCCCACGCCGCCGUUUCCGCCUAUAAGCAAGUCCACCACCGAAAUCCAGAACUUUUGAAGCAGUGGGAAUAUUGUGGACAACCGAAGAUGGUCCUCAAGGCGCCCGACGAGGAGACUCUCAUUCAGCUCUUAAACGAGGCCAAAACGCUUGGCUUGACUGUGAGCUUAAUCCAAGAUGCCGGCCGUACACAAAUUGCUCCAGGCUCCCGGACUGUCUUGGGCAUUGGACCUGGACCAGCUGAGAUUGUGGAUAAAGUUUCCGGUCAUCUGAAACUCUACUGAAUGUGAAGUUCACCGUGUAAAGACGGUGAACUUGGGUGAUUGAAUAUAAAACACAAAGAGAACACGCCAUCUUCGUCCCAGUCCCUUCCCCAAAACAAUAAUUAUCAAAUGCAAAUCCCAGAUUAUUUUUCUUUCAUUAACACACACACACACUGAUGCCCCACAUAUCUUUGCAGGCUCCACUUUCCUGUAACCAGUUAAACAGCUUCAUGUUUGCACAGCUGCAGAAGCAGUUUACGCUCUUCUCUGACUUUGGAUUUCUCGAAUCAAGCCUUUUGAAAUCUGGAGGAGAAAAUGAUCAGUAAGAUAUGGAAGGCAUCACUACAUAAGUUUCCAAAUAAAUGAAUUACACGGAC